AUGGCAGAGCAAACACUUAAUAAAUCUCGAGAAUUAAUUCAACUUAUUCCAAAAGACAAGCUGAUUUUCCAGCAAGGCCCCCAGAAAGUGACUACGAAUCUCACAUUAAGUAAUAGCACUUCAUAUAAAAUAGCCUUCAAGUUAAAAACAACUUCUCCAUAUGAUUUCAACGUUUGUCCUUCCAAAGGAUUUAUUGCACCAUGCUCGUGCCUUAAAGUCAGGAUUGUACUUUUACCGAUUUCUGACGUGAAUACGCGUAGACAUAAAUUUCUUGUCCUAGCUAAAUGUGUGACUUCUGAGGAUUUUGCCAAAAUUGAUUGAAAAGAUCCAAAUAUUGAAGUACAUAAAUUAGGGGUUGCCUUUAAAAAUUCAUAUACAGAUGAUAUAAACAUAGACUUGGAAAGCGUUAGAACUUGUAGAAGCGAAACAAUUUAUACAGAAACUGAUAAAAAUGAAGUAUUAGAAAGCAUCGAACCAUGAAAAGUGUUGAAAAAACGAAAAAGAAAAGGGAAGCGAAAAAAAGGGGUGAGAUUUUGAAAUCUUUAUGUAAUAGUGGCUUUUAUACUUGGAAUUUUAGUUGGAUUUUUUGGGAAGUGUCUGCUAAUUGGAUAA